AUGUCAAAACUCUCGAGAGUGUGCUAUAUAUGUGGUAAACAAUUUGGAUUACAUUCAAUUGCUUUGCAUGAGCCUCAAUGUCUACAGAAAUGGCGAAUUGAGAAUGAGAAAUUACCAAAGCACCAAAGAAGACCAGAACCAAGAAAACCAGAGGCUGUUAAAACUGAUGGUUCUUAUGAUGUUGAUGCUACUAACGCAGCAGCAUUUGCAAGUGCAAAUGCUCAACUCAUUCCCUGUGAAAACUGUGGUCGAACAUUUUUGCCUGAUCGACUUUCUGUGCACCAAAGAAGCUGUAAAGGAAAAGGUGGAGGUACAUCAUCCAGAAUGCCUGAGUCAAGUACAGGUUACAGUUCUCCACCAGUAAUUAGACGCCCACGAACAGUUGUCUGCUAUCUUUGUGGCAGAGAAUAUGGAACUACAUCUAUAAGUAUUCAUGAGCCACAGUGUUUGAAAAAAUGGCAUAUUGAAAAUGAUAAGCUUCCAAAGCAUCUCAGAAGGCCUGAACCCAAGAAACCUGAAGUCAGGUCUAUCACAGGUAAAGGUGCAUAUGAUAUAGAUGCUUUAAAUGAGGCAGCUUGGAGAAGUUCCCAAGAUCAACUGGUACCUUGCGAGAUCUGUGGGCGAACCUUCCUCCCAGACAGAUUGAUUGUCCACCAGCGUUCAUGUAAACCAAAGUGACCAAACCGAUUAACAAAGCUAAACUGUUGUGGAUUAAGAUGUGAUUGUAAAGAAUAAUUUAUUGAUUCCAUGAAAACUAAA